AGUUAAACAGGAUAAGUCGCGAGAGUCCAUAUGCCUAGAAAACCCAUGUCAGUGUGUAUUUCUAGAGCCAAAGCGCACCGUUACCAGCAAAAUUUCAGUCUGUGAAACGGCAGCUCUGUUACACAUAGGUUAUGAGCUGAGCAACUGCGAGUGCUUGAAAAACUGCACAAAGUCCGUAAAAUAUGCCUUUUAGCAUCAAAAGGUUCACCAUGCACCGAAGCACUAGUAUGCCUUCUGGAGCUCGAUCUGAUGAGAAUAAAAAGAUUGCUCAGUCACAAGAACAAGACCAAUCGCCACCCGCUGGUGUCGAAAAAGGUGUGAAAAAAUCUGCAUCUCAAGAGGAACAUAAAGGAAAACACACAUCUAAUCAAGUAAUUCAGCCGAGCCGUUCAAUAGAUUCAGCUGAGUUAAAAAGAUUGAGUAAUCUAAAAAAUUCUAACCAUCGAAGUGGAGAUAUUGAUGGUGAUAGAAAUGGAUUAUUAACAAGUCGUUCAAACGAAGUGGCUAGUGGAAGAAUAACACGUGACACUUUAAGACGUGCUCAACGUGAUACUCAGAAGAAAUCAGGCUCUGAACAAGGUUCAACCCUCCCCGCUAGAUGGCGCGCAGCCGGACGGUCCAGAAGUGUCGCCGACUCCAGAGGAAUGUAUUAUGAUGAAAACACAGUAGAAAAUACCGAUGGCCGGAAAUUCAUCAUAAGACGUGAUGGAGGUGUUCGUUAUAUUGGAAGUGACUGUAUCGCAGAAGAAAACCAAUCAACGAGUAGUAGCAGUGGAGGAGCUCCACCUAGAGGUCAAUCAAGUGGGGUAAGACAAAAUGAAUGGAUGGAAACAAAGAAUGGACAUUCCAAUAAGCGGUCUAACUCAAGACAAUACCAUACCAUAGCAGGACACUUCAUCCCCAUGGAACUACAGAACUCAAACAUGGACCUAGAAAACUACUAUAGCCGACAGAGGGCGCGCUCUCCAUAUGAGAUUCCUGCUAGCGUAUACGAAGAUGACCCAGGUAUUAUGUCCGAAGCAGAAACUUCAGCUACUGGGUUUCGUAGACCUUCAAAAGGUCGUUUUACGCUUCCAAUGGUCAGACCUCCCGUUAAAGUUCAGGAGCGAACUCUAGGUGUAGUUUUUCUCCAAUAUCGAAAAGAAACCAAACGUUCUCUUCUCCCAAAUGAGCUGACAACACUUGAUACGAUUAAGGCCUUAUUUGUUCGAUCGUUUCCUAAACAGCUGACUAUGGAGUACCUGGAUUCUCCACACGUUAGGAUUUACACUCAUGAUGCCUCGAAAAACAUGUUUUAUGAACUGGAAGACUUAAGAGAUAUUCGAGAUCGUUCAGUACUUCGUAUCUAUGAACAGAACCGCAACGAAGGGGAUGGAUUCAGCACCUGUGAUCAGGAACUAAGUUACUUCUCAGAGCCAGAGUUUGAUUCAGAGUAUCAACAUCAACACAUUCACCGAGCAAAGCAGAGCUUACAGCCUCCAGCACCGUCAGGACCGCACGGUAGGGUUAGUCCUUACCCACCUCCAUCCACAAUGAUGACAGCAGAUGUAACUCAAGCUCCAUCUUUAGGAUGCUACUCCCCAGCGCCCUCUGAAUGGAGAAAGAGGACUCAACACAUUUCUGGUACUGAGCCUCGCUAUGAGCCACAAGGAGCUUACUCCACUACUCCUGAUCAUCCCUAUCCAACUAUGGGGCAGAGCCAGUACAUUUCUGCCUGUGAACGAGGUUAUGAAUCGGCUUAUGAUUCAUCUCCUGAACGUAAACCGUCAUCGAUAAGUUAUUCUGCUUCUCCGCGAAGAAUACAACAUCAAAGUUCAUUUGGUGGUUACAGCGCCUCCUGGUAUGAGGAUCCUUCGUACUACAGAAGCCAGGUAUACAGACCACGAUCUCGGAGCGUAACUCCCGUAAUCGAUGAGGAGACCAGGCAUGUGAAGAAAAGAAUGGAGUUUAUGGAACACCAGUUAGCAAGUUUGACAGGAUUGAUGCAAAAGGUGUUGACGACUCCUCUAUCUAGACAACAGUCACGUGCAGAGGAAACUCAUGACGUAUUUAAAGAAUCUGAAGAACAUGUAGGUAAGUCAGUUGCACGCUGUACAUCCAACACCAUACAACUGCCGAACUCUUCGCCAGAACAUGUAGCUGAAAAACCAACCAAAUCUGCUAUCAAAGCUAGAUCUGGCUCCAAAGCCAAAGAUGAACGACCACCUGGUGGUAAACCUAAACCUCCCCCUAAACCUACUUCUCUACUUUCUACGCCAGCGGAACUCAGGCGUUACGAAAUUCCUAAAGUUCACGAUCUUAGCCCGGAACUCUGUUCAAGACUCCGUUACCUCAGACGACAGACUCGAGACCUGCAAGCUGAAGUGCGCAGUCUCAGAAGAAUGGCGCAGAAUCAAGCUAUUUCUGCUCGCGAUAAUGUUCGAGAUACAUGUUUGAAGAUAAAGGAAAUGCUAGCAAUCGCUCAAACUUCAGGAGAUCAUAUGAUGAUUGAAAGAAGCCGAAUAACACACGAAGAGGAUAUCUAUCGGGAAGAUGUAGUCCAAGUGGAAAAAGACUUGUCAGACUUGGAAAGCCAGGUGGAAGAACUUCGUGGAAAUGUCAUUAACAAAAGAUGCCGAGUAAACAUGAGCUCAGUCGAAAACAUGGCAAUUCUUUUGAGUAGAACUAGUAAAACAGUUGCUGAUCUGAAAGAUCGUUUUCCAGGACUUCAGGAGAGGAUAAAGGCAAUUAUGAGUUCAGAGAUGGAAAUCGUAAUGAAUGAAGAAAAGUUUAUUACUGACGAACCAGAUAGACUAGAAAGGGCACUUAGACGCUGUAAAAAAAUUACAGGAACUUUAGUGACGCUCAAACGAUUAGCCUCUGUGCAAGAACAGCGGCACACAGGUGCUCAAUCAAUGCCUGAAAAGUCAUUGUCCGCCGAUGGAUCCAAUUCCAAUGGGGAUGCUCAUACUGCCAAAACCGUCAGCUCAGACGUUCGUAAUGUGGUUGAAGUUUUUCCUGAUGACCAUCGUAAGGCACAGCAGAAAGAAACUGCCCUAGAUGAGUUGCUUAAUGAACUUCAGUCUUUUAAUCAGACACAUGAAAUCAGACCAAACCAGCCUGCUAGCACUCAUUGUCAUUCUGCUUCCCAUAAUUUUGAAUCUGUAUCAUACGGCUCCUUCAAUCAGCACUUUACUGGGCAUAGGAGAUCCCCAAAUCCUUCUGGAGAUGGAGGAAACAAGCUAUCAGUUGAUGAAAGUGGGGAUCGGCAUCGACCCCUUCCGUUAGAUAAAACCUCUGCCCCUCCUCUACCCAAUGGUCGAAAACAGCAACAUUUCCACGAACCUCCUCAUCUACCUCCGAAAAAAGUUCCCCUUCCUCCACCUCGCACAUCUAGUCGCUCGGUAAUGCAGUCUUCCAGUAUAUCUAAGCUGCCAACAGAUGAAGGCUCUAGUGCACCUGCUGAUUCUACACAAAGUACGACUCAGCAAGUCAACAAGAGAAACCCACCAAAUUUACAAGCGCUUAGGUCCGAGUCAGAUUCACUGCGAAAAUCUACUUCUCAUGAUGAACCACGAUUGAAAGCAAGUAACAACCAGAUGAUCACAACACAAGCUUUGACAGAAGAGAUUGCUCGGCGGGAGCACUCAUCUAGUAGCAGCAGCGAAAGUGUGAAUUCUCAGGAAGGUUUUCUUCUAAGAAAUGGACCCGCUGUGAAAUCUCAGCUUGAACGCAGCUUGUCUGAAGGAGACGGGCCUUCUGUAACAGAUGCCACCAACUUGACGAACACAUUCAGCCCUUCAUCAACAUUGUUGUCUUCUAGGAAUCGCCAGGAGAUCCUGGAGCACAGGCAUCAGGAACUAUUGAACAAGCAAAAACGAUUGCAAGACCAGUACACCAAGCUACAACAGCUUCAACACGCACAGCUUCUCACUCGUUUCUCUUCUCUACGAAGAGCGCUCAGUGACAUAGAACCCCGGGAUCUCAAGAAAAUUGGAAGUGAAAGCAACCUUUUAUCAAAGAAAAAUCUCGCUCUGGCCUCAGCAUCUGGUUCUAUGACUCAUCUUCCAACGUCUAUUAGGUCUAAUAUUAAGGACAUUGAAGUAUUAUCUCAAAUGGUAAAUAAAACACGUAGGGCCGAUACACUUCCGCCGUCAUCUAAUAAGUUGCACGAAACGGACAUAAUUUAAACACGGCAUUUUAUAGAGGUGGGUGUGAACAUAUUGAUUUACCACAGUUUAUUUAACCCAAUUUCCAUCGGCUGCCCAAAAGUUACUCCUGUUUUUUUUAACAAAGAAAAAUAUUUAAGAUAUCGAUAUGGCAGUUGUGAGUCUAAAAUGUUUUGUUCAUCGCCCGAUAAACUUUUUUUUCUUUCGAAAGAUUCAUUUUUUGUCUGGUUUACACCGUAACUUUAUAUGCCGAAUGUUGGUGUAAAAAUGGUAUGUACGAGAACCUUCCAACUUGUCUCAUUAAGCUUCCGAUAGGCGACAGUAAAGGGGGAUAAAGCACUCAAACAAUUACAAAUCCGUAGUUGUGCACAGAAAUUGUUUAGUUUCUUUUUGUGCAAAUACAAUCGUCUAGGGAUAGUUGUGCAAUAGGUACCAUUUACAGCGGCACUGUAGAGUACCAUGUCUCACUCCCUUAGUUUUCUAAACAGUUUUUAAUUUUAUCACUCUUAUAAGUCGGUGUACUUAUUUCUGUCAACAGGUAGUUUGAGGAGAUCUGACUUCAAUUGGAUACAUCAGCUCUCUCCUGAGAAGAAGAGUGGAUACCAACAUGGCCUUGAAUUUAACUCGAAUGUCUCUUCUGUUUCGCACACUUAAAGUUUAAUAAUCAAUUAUAUUAGUGUUCAUGUAGUAUAUUUCACACUAAUAUAACACUUUUCACGCCAGAGCAUUUAAUGAGAGAAGUAUUCCAUCAGAUACACCUAAUUAAGUACGCCGUUAUUGAGAAGUAAAAAUGAACAUAUACAACUAAUAUUAGCUACUUUCCUCUGUACCAGUGCACAAUUAAAUAGUGCAGCAUUACAGCACUUUUACCAGGAAUUUUAAAACGAAGGAACACGUGAACUCUGAUUUUUCAGAUGCUCAUACGAGGGAUGUUCAGAAAGAAACGAUAUUUUUUUUUUCUCUUCUGAUCAAUCAUAUCAUGAUGAAACAAACAAGCGGGAUUCAAUGAUGUUGAGGAUGUAUCAGUGGGAGCCAGACAUCACUUUUUAACAUAUUCCACAAAGGUACGAUGCGUUUUCUUCAUCAUUUGAUGAGCUUCAUCAUACCAGGUUGGUAAAAUCCAAAUGUGGUUUAUUCAUCAAAAUAAGUAAAGCUGCUUUAUGAACACCAGUUUGUUUAUAAAAGUAGUCUUAGCUUUCAAAGGAUAAAAGAAUAAGUAAAAGUCACAGAAUGCGAGGUCAAGCCUAUGUGCACGAUGUUGAAAGACUGGCCAUCAGAACUUUUCAACUGCAGCCAUUACAGUACAUGGUUCAAGAACCAAUGUCACUCGCAACUGCUACUUGAGAAUUGUGUUGUCCAUUAACUACAGUGAUCCUGUCAACUGCGGAUGUAUAAUGACUUUUGAACACGGUCGGUUUCAGUUUACUCAUAUCCAACGUAUGAGGGGGGUGGGGACUUCGUUUCUUUCUGAACUUCCCUGUAUUUUGGAAUAACGCUUCUGUUUGUCUUCUAAUUGUUUUUUUGUUUUUUUUGAAUAAGGAUGGUAAUAUGAACAAGUUUUCCCAGUCAUCAUUAACAGAUUGUUUAUAAACUGGUUUCGACGUUCCAGGAAAUAGUUUGUAUAGGUUAAAGAUUAGUGUAUUCGAAUGUCAAACCUUUAAUACAGACCCAUUUUCCAUCCUGACAUAAAUGUAGGUGUAGCUAAAUACAAUAGUAAAUGGUACUAUUAGAAAGCUGCACAUAAACUCUACAUUUUACUUGUUUUGUCUCCUGAAAUACAUAAAAAAAGUAUUUACUUUGACUGGUUUCACAAUUAUAAUGGAAAUGUUAUAAUAUCCCAAUCAUACGUCACAAAAAUAACUACUGAUUUUUUAUACAGUUUUCAGUUAUAGUAAUCUGUAAUCCAUAUUAGCAAAUGAAAGAAAUUAACAUUAAGUAUCAUAGGUCUCAUUUAUAAUACCUUCGAAUAACAACUGAGAAUAUAUAUAGUUCAAUCUUUCGAUUUUGUUUGAUUCACAAGACUCAUAUUCAUAAUUCUUCGUCGAACUUUCCCGCUGAUUUCUCCGAAGUUCUUCAUAAUAUUGUUUCGUCAGUUUUGUGAAAAAAUUGGUACUAAAUAAGAACUAAUUUCAUGUAAAUUGUUUAUAGCUUUCUUUACUUUCAUUGUCUUACUAGAAAAUGUCUCAGGAAUCUGCAUAACACGAAAAAUAAAAUAAAUAAAUAAAAUUAAUCGUCUAAAUUAUAAACCCAGUCACUUAUUUUCUAAAAUUAAAAUUUCUAUGUUAUGAGAUAUAAAUGUGUGAAAGUUCAAAGUAUAGAAUAUUGUUAGUGUUUACUUGCAGAUAAAAAAAGUGUCACUGUCAGUUUGAGUUUUCUUGCCUUGUCUGGUUGUAGUAUCUGUUAAUAUAACUAUGUCAAGUAUUGUUGAAAGCAGGCCCUGUUAUAUCGAUUGAAGGCCUAGAAUUGUGAGCUUUUUGUACAGCAGAAUUAUAUACUAACUGUAUUAAAUAUGUAUAUUGUA